AAACUGCAGGAAAACCCAAUAUUUUUACACCCGUUUCUCAUCAACCAAGCGGGGCGUUACUUGUCUUACGGACUUUAUUUCAUCUCAAUACGGACUUUAAUGGGUUUGAUCUAUCCUUUAUGAAACGGCAUUGAUGAUAUAUUUAUGACUUUGUUGACUGUGGGUGCGAAUUGGUUGUUUUGAUUCGCGUAUUUUUAUGAUUUUCAUGUCUGUGUCUCGUUCUGGAUGGUUAAAUUCGAAUAAAAUUGUUGUCUUUUCUUUUGAUUUGUUUGGGUUUUCACUACUAUCCCAGUUCAUCCAUGCUUGGUGAUUGCGGACAGAUUUCAUGGAACAUAUGAUUGUCAUCAGUAUCAUGCUCUUGAUAACUCCUAAAUUUUAAUUAUGGUUGUUGUGAAGGAAGAAAUGGCUAACCAUGAUGGAGAAAUAAGCUCCAAAACUUCGGGAUUCCCUCAUCAUGUAGUUCUCAAUGAAAGGAUCCUUUCUUCAAUGUCACGGAGAUCUAUUGCUGCUCAUCCUUGGCAUGACUUAGAGAUUGGACCGGGUGCUCCAUCAGUUUUCAAUUGCGUAGUUGAAAUUGGCAAGGGCAGCAAGGUUAAGUAUGAGCUUGACAAAGCAAGUGGCUUGAUAAAGGUAGAUCGUGUUCUUUACUCAUCAGUUGUUUAUCCACAUAACUAUGGUUUCAUCCCUCGAACCAUCUGUGAAGACAGCGAUCCUAUGGAUGUCCUGAUUCUGAUGCAGGAGCCGGUUUUGCCUGGUUCUUUUCUUCGUGCUCGUGCAAUUGGAUUAAUGCCUAUGAUUGAUCAGGGUGAAAAGGAUGACAAAAUAAUAGCAGUGUGUGCUGAUGACCCUGAGUUCCGCCACUACAAAGACAUCAAAGAGAUUCCCCCACAUCGCCUUGCUGAGAUCCGCCGCUUCUUUGAGGACUACAAGAAGAACGAAAACAAAGAAGUUAACGUGAACGACUUUCUUCCAGCUGAUUCUGCCAUCGAAGCCAUCAAGUACUCAAUGGAUCUGUAUGCUUCCUACAUUGUUGAGAGCUUGAGGCAGUGAGACUCAUCUGGAGGCUAUGACCCCGACCCCAUAAUUAUCAUUUUAAGAAGUCUGAUAGACUUUCUUGCUUACUAUGCUUGUCUGUCUGCACCAUGUCAAAUACUCGAAAAUAUCUUAUUGCCGAUUUCAGUUUGAAUAAGUGCUUAUACUGCACUAUAUUAUGUGCUGAUGCCGCUUGAAUAUGUCAGUUUGAAGUUAGGGUUUAAAAUAAGAGGGAUUUGUUUGCAGUGGAAGGGUAUAGGUGAAGUUAAUUAAGAUUCAAGAAUGUCCCCCUGGUGAUGAAGAGUUUGAUGUUAACUCGAAGAGUAGAACUAAAUAUGAGGUGAGAAGCAUGUAGAAAUGAAAUAGAAUGAGCAGCAGUUGAACCA